AUGGAUGUACACCCAUCAGAUAUUGAAAAGCUUCAACAUUUGGUUUCAGCAGCUGUUCCUUUCAAUCUAAUUAAGUGGAAAGCAUUUUCCAAUGUGACUUUUCUUCGGUUAAAUACGGAUAAAAUAUCAUCUGUCCAUGAUGAUUUUCCAAGGUUUGAGAAUUUAGCUCGCAUAGGAUUUUCACGUCUUUAUGAUGAAGACUUGAAUUGGGUAGUGAAAGGCCUAAGAAGCUGCCCCAAACAUGAAGUUCCUGUGAUGAAUCAGAUUUUUGCUCAUCCUCAUAGGAAAGGAAGGUCGAUGGAACCAAUAUUGGAAGUUCCUCCAUGUGUCUCAUCACACUUGAAGGAAUUCAGAGACUUGGUAGAUUCGAGGGCUUGA